CCAAAAAAAAAUUUGCGCGUACUCGUUCGGGACGUCCGCCUACACUCGCCUACUCGGGAAAUGUCUUCGGCACGUCACAACUAGCGCUAGAGACCUCCAGUACUGUUCCGAGUUGGCACGAAUAUUCAUUUUGAGUGACCGCACAUCUGCACUAAAAACUAAGAGGAGGUGGACCCUAGUGGGGUCCACGUGCCCCGUUACUGAAUGAUAUCAACGUUAUUCGAUGUCAGCCUCUUCUCUAGAAAGCGCUGCUGAUACUAACACACACGCAGAAGAUCACGAUAAUGACAUCUUUGUUGACGUCGAAGCAACAGUUGACUUGGGCUUGCAAUUAGAAGAGCCAAACGGAAGAGCAGAGUCGGUCUAUAAUGCAGCGAAAAAUGGCAAUUUGCAGUUCUUAGAGAGAGUGGUCGCGUCUGAACGCGCCAAACUGGGUGUUCAAAACGUCUCUUGCGUUGUUUCUCAGCCAUUCAACAAGGUCGUUCCAUUGGCUAUAGCAAGCAAACAUGGACAACUAGAUUGCGUGCGCUACCUAUUACAGGAGUGCAAAGUAGAUAUCCACAGUAGGUCAGAUAUAAUCUCGGAUACGACUAAGAAAGAGGUCAAACAGGCAACACCACUGUGGAUUGCAUCGACAGCGGGACAAGUUGGAAUUGUUCGUUAUUUGGUCGAAAAUGGAGCAAACGUCAAUUCAGGAACAGAAACCAUGUCAACUCCACUUCGUGGUGCAUCCUUUCAUGGUCAUCUUGAAAUUAUGGAUUUUCUUCUCAAGAACGGGGCAAACAUCAACACUCCCAAUCAUAUCGGGCAAUCGCCGAUUAUGAUUGCAGCAUUGCGACAACAAAUCGCUGCAGUAAAGCUAUUGCUUUUACAUCAAGCUGAUAUUCAUCAGAGAACGCAGCAUGGAUACAGUGCAUUGCACAUGUCUGCUAGUAAAGGCAAUGUUGAACUGCUAAAGCUUCUUCUCGAUGCCGGAGCAAGGAAUGAAAAAGACAAUUUGAAAUUAUUACCAAUGAUGUUGGCUGCAGCAAAUUGUCAUACUGAAGCAGUUCACUUCUUUAUGGAGCGAUAUGAUUGUGCAACAAACGAUGCAGCGAAUGCUUUGGAAUUGUGUGGAGCAACUGCUAUUGAUAGGGAGGACAAUAUAGAUCGAGCAAUGGGUCUAUGGGAACAGGCUAUCAAACUUCGUAUGUCUGCUAUGAGCAAGGGCUCUGAUGACUGGAAAGAUAAGGAUCCACCAGUUGCUGCACCUUGUGCUGCUUAUGAUAAUUUUGUUGAAGCCUCAACAGAGGAAGAACUAGCCACAUUGGUGAAUUGUUCUGAUUUUGUAAUAUCUCACCAUGCUCUUCAUAUUAAUUCUCUUCUUAUUCGAGAACGUGUUUUAGGUGCGCUGCAUCCUCACACAUCGUAUUAUAUUAAUCUAUAUGGUUCUACUUGCACUGACAAUCAUUUAUAUAAACGGGCCUUACAAUUAUGGACACACGCACUCAACAUGGAGAGAGUGUUGUUUGAUUAUGACAUCGAAGAAAUUCAGGAAGAUUUGCUUAUGCGAGUGGAUGGAUUUGAGGACAUGCUGCUUGAUUCAUUCUACCCGGAUGUUACUCCUUUUCUGGAAUGGGCCAUUGACGUAGUCAGUGAUAGGACCAAGAAGGGGCAGUCUACAUGGAAAUGCCAUGCUGCAGCUGUAAUGCUUGCAUCUCAGUGGUUGCGGUCUGCACAAGGAGAUUGCCAUAGACUUGGUCCCAAUGGACUUGACAUUACAAGGAAGCUGGUGAGACUGAGAAGUAACCCAGAUGGAUGUACUUCAUUGCAUUUGGCAGUAGAUGCAGGAUUGCCUCGCCGUUGUGAGUCCCUGUGUGAAUUCCCAGAUCUUGAAUUUGUUCAGUUUUUAUUAGGAAAUGGUUCAGACCCAAAUUGUCUGAAUGCUGCCCAACAUACGUCUCUUCACAUCGCUGCUCUCAAUCAACCAUCAGAGGAAGCAAAGAAUGUUAUUGAUCUUCUCCUUGAUUGUGGAGCUGCCGUUGACAUCCGUAGUUCUGAUGGAUGCACACCUAUUGAUCUGUACAGGAGCACUCAUGUUUGGGAUCCUGAACAGUCACUCUGUGAACGCCUUUACCAUCCUGGUGUUUUGUCUCUGCAGUCCUUGGCUGCAGCUCGAUUAGCUCAUUGUGGAAUGUCAUUGCAAGAAUCGGGACUCACUCAGAAGCUAAAAGAUUUUGUAAGGCUGCGUUGCACUGACAAAGAUGAGGACUCCUAAUACUAAUAAACUAGCCAACAGUCUUUUAGCUUAAGUUGUGGGCUGUAUUGACAAUGACAAUGAACAUGGUGUUUCUUGCAUAAAUGAAUUCAUGCUGACACAUUGCUAAUAUGGAUACUUUGUGCUAAAUACAUGAAUAGCAAAUGACAGUAUUUUACAUCAACACGUACAAAUAUUUACACAAUAAUCAUUAUUUAUAAUCUACC